GGCAGUUAGGCUAUGUAGUAAUUAGGGGAGCAAAUACAAGGCUCUUUAUCUGCCUUCACCUGAGGUGAAAAAUGGAAAUCCGUCCCUUCUUCUUCUUCUCCUAUCAUAGCCUACAGUGCUUUAUAGGCAGUAAUCCCUUUAGUCCACCAACGGUAGCUUUAUCAGAUACAGCUGUAAGGAUGUGAUCUAAACACAGUCAAAGCAGUUCCAAGUGACUUCAAUAAAAGAAUUUACCAGGGAGUCCGAGUAAAACACACAGUCAAAGACCUUCUUGCAGAAAAAAGAUCUAGACAGACAACGAGUUCAAGGUUGAAUAACGGUACCAACGCAUCCCAGACUCCAUUUGUCCAAAUGUCAAGUUCUCCACACUUGUCUGGGUAUUAUGGAGUUAGGAGGCCGUUCCUUACUGAUCCUGAUUGCUAUGCUACAAAACAAUACUCAAACGAGUAUUACCCUUCAUCUCUGGGUUCAAAGUCAUUAGCAUGUGACCCAACCUCGAUCCAAAGUUACCCAGCUAUCCUAGAUCCCUAUUACACAGAUUCAAUGGGGGACUAUCGAGGGACAACCAUAACAACCGGCACCAGCUCAUUGUUUAGCACGUCAUCUCUGCCACCUCUUGUAUCUCACUUCUCUGCUGACCCCUCACAUUAUUCAAUGAGAGACUCUUUGGAGCAAACUGUGCCUGACACAAUAAACCAGUUGGAUGUCCUAGGCUCUGACACUUCUCAAACUGUUUCAUCAUCCACAAGUUGCCUGUCACCUGAAUCGGGAAGCACUCACUAUAGGAGUUCAAUAAGGGCAAAUUCAACCCAAGGAACUCAGCCUUAUCCCCUUCAUGCUCUUGAUGAUGCACAUUACUCAUCCAGUUAUCCAGCUACCUGCACUUAUGCCUUCUCCCCAUUCAUGACAGUGGCCAAUGAACUCACACCAAAGAUGGUUCAUCACCUCUCUUCAGAUUCCCAUUCGGAGAAUGGAUCCCUUCAGGAAAAUUCUGCUUGGCCAAAGGAUGACGCAAAUUUAGCGUGGGGAGCUUAUGAACUCAGAAGAAAUUACUGAAAACAGACACUUAUAAGCUUGCAGCUAAAAUUGUUGAUAAUGAAUGGAUAACUUAAUUGAUAAUACAUAGCAAAUAAAAAUAAGACCUAUUUGUAUUCAUAUAUAAAGAGCUUUUUGUUUAGAAAACCCUGACCUGGACAAUAUCACAAUUUUGGCACACAAGCACAGAGCAGAUUUCACGAAUUGCUUCAUCCAUUCUGGCUAUUUCUGCUGAUUUUAGUGCAUUGCGCAUUGUGGAUGGUUAUAUAAGACAACUGUCUUAUAUACUAACUAUGGAAUCUCUUAUCCAGCAAACUUUUUUUCCAAAGUGCUAUGAAAUCCAGAAUGCCACUCCCCACAGUGCAUUUUUUUUAAAUAUCUCUUCUCUCUUUUACUGUUCACUCUCUAAAAACAUGACAGUGCUUUGUAGCUGAUGUUUAUUAACCUAGAAUAAAUCCUCUUGAUAAAAUGUGUUUGUAUAUUUAAAUGUAUUAUAGUUGUUGACUAUUAUUUAAAAUAUGGAAUACAAAAUCUAG